AUGCCUGGGCUUACCCGAGACAACCAAGAGUGCCUCCAAAAGGCAUUUUCCAAACCAUCUUCGUGGACACAAUUUGGGCCCUUGUUUAGGGCUGAGCGAUAUAAUGCCAGUAUUCACCAAAGCAGAGCAAACGACGGGGUCCUGCGAGCAAUGCCUGAAGUCCAGAGCUUUCCUCCUGCACAGCUCCCAGGCUCGUCCGCUGCCCUGAAGCUUUUCAGUCUGCUUUCUAGCCCGCUCUCCGACCUCGUGCGGGUCUUCUCUCACCUUCUCCGGCGACCCCCUCCGGAGGCUCCCUGGCGGCUCCCAGACUGCUCUCCCCUGCUUCCCGCCCCGACGGCCGCUGGCCCCUCUCGGGGGCAGGGUGAGCUGCCAGGCCGCCUCCCGCUCCUGCUCGGGGCAGCGCUGGCCAUGCCGGUCCGUCCCCCGGGGGGUGACCCACUGAGGCUGGCCCGGGGGUUCCUCGAGCCCGGGAAGAAGGAUGUCUGCGCCAGGCAGAGUUCGCCCAUGCCCCCGAUGGGAUCCGAGCGCUUGGAAAUGCGGAAGCGACAGCUGUCAGCCGCUCCAGGGACAACAGACUCUGUCCCCAGCCAGCCUGGAACGGGAAAUCGAGGGUCCAACGCUUGCUGUUUCUGCUGGUGCUGCUGCUGUAGCUGCUCCUGUCUCACUGUUCGAAACCAGGACCAGAGACUCACCACAGCUUCCCGUGAAUUCAGAGUGGCAGAACUCCCACCCUGUGAAGAAAGCCCAAGUCCUACACUAGAGGAAGUCCAUGCCUGGGCUCAAUCCUUCGACAACUUGAUGGUCACCCCAGCGGGAAGGAACGCCUUUCGGGAAUUCCUCCGCACAGAAUUCAGUGAAGAAAACAUGCUUUUCUGGAUGGCCUGUGAAGAACUGAAAAAAGAAACGAAUAAAAGCGUUAUUGAAGAGAAAGCCAGGAUAAUAUAUGAAGACUACAUUUCUAUUCUGUCUCCUAAAGAGGUCAGCUUGGACUCCCGGGUCAGAGAAGUCAUCAACAGGAACAUGGUGGAGCCAUCGCAACACAUAUUUGAUGAUGCUCAACUCCAGAUUUAUACCCUAAUGCACAGAGACUCAUACCCACGGUUCAUGAACUCUGCUCUUUAUAAGGACUUGCUUCAGUCCUUAGCGGAGAAAUCAGUCGAAGCAUAAGCAUUUUAAAAUAAUAUUUAUUAUUAAUAAAAUAAUAAAACAGUUGCUCAUGGACUGCACCUAGCACGGGGAACUUAGCAGUAGUGCCAUCUGCUGGAGUAACAACUGUUGUGGAGUAACAACAGAAGCUUCCUGUGACAGCUCUAUAUUCACAGUGUAAACUGCAGCCACCAUUAGCGAUACUUUCGGAAAAACAGAAAUUCAGCUGUUUUAGAGUGUAUUUUACAGUAACAGUAGUAUGUUCUCAAUGGUAAGGGAUACACCGAAAGAUGCCCUACUGCCUGGAGCAUGUACAUCCAGAGGAGCAAAUAGGACCAUUUUGUUUUGCAUGAGAUCAAUAACUGAUUACUCUCCCCUCAAAGAACACAUGUUCAAGUGCUCCUUAGCUACCUACCCCUUCCUUCCAUCACUUACCAGUGCCAUCCUGGUACCUGAACUCACAUUUUAUAAAGAUGUGACCAUCUGCUUUAAAACUGGUAUGCCACCGAUGUUACAGUAUGUGUGUGUUUGCAGACACAUUGAUGUGUGUAUAGCUCUACACGGUCACAGUGAAGCACUGUGUUCUUAGCUGAGUCAGUUUCAAAUGUCUGGUAAGGGAACAGGGCUUAGAAAAUUCUUUUCUGGAAAACUUAACAUUAUUUUGUCAAUCUAAAAGAUGAAUGUUAAAAUUCAUGAUUUGGUCUUGUUCAGCCUGUACUUCAAAACAAGUACAUUUUCAUUUUUAUUACCAAGAGAUAUGGGCAUUUUCACUAUUUACAAAAAUAAAGCACAAGAA